UCUUUGGACACUUCCAGUUGCAUAAAUGCUCUCAGGCGCUUAUUUGCACUCAGAGGCCCUGCAAAACAGCUCCGUUCUGAUUGUGGCACCAACUUUAUUGGAGCGUGCAAGUAGCUAGGAAUGUACAAAACGGUGCAGACGUACCUCAGUGAGCAGGGAUGCAGCUGGGAAUUCAACCCGCCAGAUGCCUCUCAUAUGGGAGGUUCUUGGGAAUGCAUGAUCGGCAUUGCUAGAAGAAUACUUGAUUCAAUGUUUUUUCAACAGAACACUCGCCUAACCCACGAUGUGCUUUGCACACUAAUGGCCGAGGUCACAGCAAUCAUGAAUGCACGACCACUACUGCCUGUGUCAAUGGACCCAGAAAAACCCUUCAUACUCUCACGAUCAAUGCUCCUUACGCAGAAGACUGGAGUUCCACCUCCACCUGGAGACUUCACAGACAAGGACCUGUGCACAAAGCAGUGGAGACAAUUUCAGGCUCUUGCAAACCAGUUCUGGGCUCGCUGGAGUCGUGAAUACUUACCUUCCCUACAACACCGACAGAAGUGGACAAUGCCACGUAGGAAUCUUCAAGUUGGUGACAUAGUUCUGCUCAGGGAUAAGCAGACCAUCCGGAACUGCUGGCCCAUGGCCAGGAUCACUGCCACAUACCCUGGAAAGGAUGGACAUGUAAGGAAGGUUGAAGUGAAGACUACUGACCAAGGCAGUGUAAAAACCCUUCUUAAGCCAAUUGCAGAAACUGUUCUGCUCUUGCCCAAAGACUGA